AUGAACAAGAAUGCCGACAAAGAAGUUCCAUCGUCAUCCAAUAAUGGAUUUGAGGAAACUGCUUUUUGCUCAUCCUCCCAUUGCGAUGAUGAUGUUGAAUCAUCGUCGUGGUCGUCGUCAUCCAAUAAUGCUCAUUUGAAUGAUGAUGAUGAUGAUGAUGAUGUGGAAGAACCAACUAGUUUCAUCAAGAAUGUGGAAGACAGCAACAGCAAGGCCACUACCAAUCAUGCUGUUUGCAGUCCAUCAUCAUCAUCAUCAUCGUCUCAAUAUCAAAAUGAUAGACAACGACAAAGACGACGACGACGACAUCAAGUCAAACCGCAGACUCCUCGGGAACAUUGGUGUUGUUGUUCUUGUUGUUGUGGCGGGUAUGAUGAUGAUGACGACGACGACGACUAUCUUGCCGACGAUGAUGACAGGAAUGGUCACAAUAAGGAGGACGACUAUACAUUGGACCAUGAUGAUGAUGAUGCUUCUCCUUUGUGUGUCACCCGAGUACUUCGUUAUUGUCGACUGCUUCCACCAUCACCUCGAUUAAAGGAAGGCCCCAUUCACAAGAAUAUUCGGUUUUUGUUGUGGUGGACCAUCUUGCUUGAUUGGAUCGUGGCCCUGAUUGCUUGCUUGUCCUUUACACAAUGGAUGACAUGCUGUGGGGAACCCAUUUUGGACAUGCCGGGAAUGAUGAACAACAACAACAACAACAACAACAACAACAAUGAAAUCAUGCAAAUCUUUCUGUACUCCUAUGUGGGAAUUGUGUUGGUACAAAUUAUUCCAGUGGUCCGAGAAGGAUCGUGCAUUCCUUGGAAUUUGAUGAAUCCAAUCGUUGGAUUUGUUGUUGGGUUCGUGCUCUUUUUCAACGACAAGCCCAUGACAGCCUUGAUCAUUUGGAUCUUGCAAAUUAGUUCGGUAGCAUUGCAGUUUGUAACCUAUCGACACUAUUCGAUUUUGCAUCGAGAAUCCAAGCGUCGAUUGGAGCGAGCCAAGGCACAGUUGCUAGAAAGGCCCAAAAAUCGUCAUGGAUACCAACAAAACAAGCGAGAACGAGUGCGACGAGAAUUGCAACGUCGUUGUACCAAAUCAUUGUACCGUUUGCGAAAGCAUUUGAUUGGGGUUUCCAUCAAUAUUGUGUUGGCGAUUGCUACGUUACUGUUGAUUGUCUAUGUGGCAAGAAAGGGAGGCAUGUGUGUCAAAGAUGGUGGGACUCCAAGUUUGUUUUUGUUCAACGACGAGGAAAUGGAGUGCAGCAUUCAUGAUCCGUCCAAGGGAACAACGCGAUAUGAGACUUGUGACUCCGAUUCGGGUGAAUCCGAAUGUUACGUUCCAUUCUUUUAA